GCCGCCCGCCACAGCCUGCGGGAGGCGCGCACCGGGGCGGCGGGGGGCGGCGGGCCGAGGCGCCCCGGCGGCGGCCGGCACCGGGACCGACACCGGCGGCGGGCGGGGCCCGGGGGUCGGGGCAGCGCCGGGCGGCGGCGGGGCUGAGCCUGCAGCCCGCGCCCGGCCCCUGCGGCCGGGCCCCGCGGGCACCCCGGCGGCCCGCUCCCCGUGCACGCCUGCGGAGCUGCUGCCCCUGCUAUGAUGCCCGGGCAGAUCCCCGACCCGUCCCUGACGGCCGGUGCACUGCCAGGGCUCGGCCCCUUGACAGGACUGCCUGGCACCGCCCUGACAGCCGAGGAGCUGAAAUACGCCGACAUCCGCAACAUUGGGGCCAUGAUCUCACCGCUCCACUUCCUGGAGGUGAAGCUCGGGAAGAGACCCCAGCCUGUGAAAAGUGAGCUUGAUGAGGAAGAGGAGAGGAGGAAAAGGCGCCGGGAGAAAAACAAAGUAGCAGCAGCGCGAUGUCGUAACAAGAAGAAGGAGAGGACGGAGUUCCUGCAGCGGGAGUCCGAGCGCCUGGAGCUCAUGAACGCUGAACUGAAGGCCCAGAUAGAAGAGCUGAAACAAGAGAGGCAGCAGCUGAUCCUGAUGCUGAACCGGCACCGUCCCACCUGCAUCGUACGGACAGACAGCAUCAAGACGCCCGAGAGCGAAGCCAACCCGCUGCUGGAGCAGCUGGAGAAGAAGUGAAGGUGGCACUGGAGGAGGAGACCGGCACAGGGUCUUCCAGGGUCUCUAAUGUAUGUACCGUAUGAAGAACUGUGCACCGAGGCCUGGUGCGUCCAGGACUCAGUGGGCUUCCUUGGGAACUAUGGACCAAAAAAAAUUUGGGGACAGAGAAGAUUGGGAAUCCGUCAACCGUCUACUCCGUGGCUGAACCCGGGAGCGGGGCUGGUGGCGCGGGUGAGGGCAACCUCCGUGUGAUACCUCAUCACGGCCCUGCGGCCUGUCGGUGGCCCCGGGGACCCGCGGCGCACAGAGAACGCGAAGGCGGGAGAAGACCUCCCGCUCAGCCCUCCUCCCCACAGCCCUCGGCGUGCCCGUGGGGCGCAGGGACCGUGGCCCGCCGGAGCCGUCCCCGGAGGCUGCCGCCGCUCCCGGCGCACACUCGGCACGGAAGGCAGCCGCAGAACCGCAGACACUUGACGCGCCCCGUCCGGUGGCAGGCCCGUCGGGGCCCGGUGGCGCAGGCGCCCCCCCACAAGCACACUCUCAGUAUAAUGUUUACAGCCCAGCUGUCCGUGUCGGCCGUGCUUUUGAAUGCACAUUUUUACACUUUUUUUAAAGAUAUUUUUUACAAAGUUUUUAUACAGCGAUCUCUAUAUGGAUUUAUAUAAUCACUAGAUGUGAUCCCAUAGAAACGUAUGUUACGAUGGUCUGUUUGUUACAAACGCAUAUGCCGCAGUUAUCUCCGUUGUGUUACCCGUCCGGCAGCGGGCUCCUUCCCCCAGCGCUCUGGGACGGGGGCCCAGCAGCCCUCCGCAGUGCUGCCGCUGCCGCCUCCAUCCAUGUAUGUCCUUCAUAAUACUCAGUUCUGUAUCUCCCAGUAAAUGUUACCUUUAUGUAACUUCGCCCUCCUGUGCUCUGUCCGGGUCGGGCCGUGGUGGGCUCUGGAUGGAGCUCGGCCCCAUGACGGCAGCCGUGGGGUUUCUGACUGUGCCUCGGCCAUGUGGGAGGCUGAUCCCAGAGCUGUUUUUGCAUUAGUUGUAUUGAGGGCAUUUAUCUGGGGAAGCUGGGAACGUCAGAGGUGGCUCUGACGGCUGUUAGUCAAGCAGUAGCACAGUGCUGUACCUUAACGGGCAGGCAGGGCGUGAUUUGCAGGCAGGAGACGCAAAGGUGGGAGAUGUGGGAGAUGAUCUCAUCCCUGCCUCUUCCUGGGUUCAGCGCGAGUGCCACAGCUUGAGCCCCUGUAGGGAAGACAAAGAGGAAGGGGAGCUGUCGCAGUGUCAGAGCGGUGGUGAUCCCUUCACGGAAGGAGGCAGAAUACGGGUCCUGUGGGCCUCUGCGGGGUCCCAGCUUUCUGAGAAGGCUGAGCCCUGCCAGCGCCGAGCACGGGGAUGUGCAGGAUAGAAGGUAAUAAGCCAGGUGGCACUCAGGUGCUAGGACAAAAGGGCUCACUGGAACUGAACGGGUUGGUAUCCUCAGGUGUAUAUCCAAUGCCUGUCACUAUAUAGGUGCCUUUCUGAGUCUUACAUAGAAAGGCAGCGGGAAGGCACCUUGCUGUGGGCAGCGUGGGCUUCAUCUCAUGCGUGGAACACCACCGAGUGGUGGUGUCCCGCAUGCUGUCUCAGAGGAGCCGUGGUGAACCCUAUCUUCUCCCAGUUCCUUUACCAGCGUGGAUGAGGAGUCUUUGAUGCAAACUGUGAGCUCUGGUACAGAUGCACGUUCCAGCCAGUAAUGCUGAAGUACUGCUGGGGAGAGGAUGAGUUCACCCUAUAUGUGGUAAGAGCAUAGGAGGUAGCCUUUUCUGAGCAUAAAUUGUUCUCUGUUGCACAUUUAUUUCUCUGCAGUCUCCGUUUCCACCUCCAGCCGUGUCUUAUAUUAGUCCCUUCCCUGUUUCUUCCUGGAUUUCCCCUCCCUUUCUAUAACUUCUGGGACCUCCCAGAAUGCUGUCAGCUGCCUUAUUUAGCGUAAGGUAUUUUGGAUCUGAUACAGGCAGUUUUUGCCACAGGAGGAUUUGCUGGCUGAGGUGUGCUAGAGGGACGUGCAAGGAAGGGAUCUGGAACAAAGCUGGUGAAGAAAGGCAGUGUGUGGCCUGGCUCCCACCACAGCUGGACGGCUCAGCUCUGCGCUUCGCUCUGCCCUGCAGCAGUGGCUGAGGCCUGACCCUAUUCUCACAAUGAGCCAAUGUUGGCACUUCUGAGGAAUGCAAUAGCUCUCAUCGAGCUGUGCUGAAAGAGGCUGCAGAGCGUUUUCUAGGCCUGCUUCUCUCUUCAGGACUUUAUUUUACCCUGCAGAAUAUUAAAGGUAAUGAAUUUCCAGGC